UCAAUUGUCAUUUUUGUGUUUAUCAAUCGAAGGAAGUUCAUCAAUUUAUUAUGUUUACUCUUCCUCCAUGGCCUCCAAAGGACCAUGUCCUUUUACCUGUAGCCAAAAGUCAACAAUCUGCUUCAGAAUUCACACCAAUAGCCCUUCCAAGAACUACACAGAGCAAUUUGGCUCAAUAUUUAUACCCAAUAUCCUACAAAGAUUCCGAUAAAGUUACACCAGAAAUAAAGGAUGUUCAUCCUACAAUUAUUGAGAAUUGGGUACAGAGGGCUAAAGCUUGGUGGAUAGACAAGCCUUGUUUACACAAUUUUCAGGAUAUGUACAACAUGGUUGGAGGCGAUAAUAAUGAUCCAGUAUUUCAACAUAAAGAAAAAGUAUUCAAUAGACCAUUUUCCUUCGAAGCUGAUUGUGUAGAAUACAAAAGAUUGAUGAAGCUGCAAGCAAAAUCUGACAGAGAAAGCGGCUUGAAGUGUAACUACAUGACUGGGUUGAAAGAAGCUGAGCGUCUAAGGAAAAAGGAAGCAGAAGAAUCCAUGGAAAUAGCUCCUUGUAUCUGGCCUCCACCAUUUUGGUGGGAAUACCAGAGCUUCCCUGUUGAUCCAAGAUAUGCUCAGGAUCAAUCGAAUAUUGUUCGAUCUGCAGGAGAUGGACUUGGUCCUUCGACAAAACCGAAGUCUUGGACGGAGCCUCCAAGCUAUUUUAGGACCAUUGAAGAUCCUUGUGUUCGCAGAAAAGAGCUCAAUAUGGUUGGCCUCCCCUUCCGCAACGAAGGCUGCAACUGGUACUACAAGAACUACCCUCCGCCCAAACUGGAGCUACGCCCGCAACGUUUCUCCAAAUAGAAAGCGAAAAACCCCGUCUCUCUGACAACAAUCCCUGACAGUUCUCCCAGUCAUAAAUCUCAUAAGUGAUAAUUGUCAAAAUUAUUGUAAAAACGCACUAAAUUAUGAGUUCCGAAGCGA